CCAGGAGCCCGCCAGCGGCAGGAUGCAGGCGCCGCCGCUGCUCUACGAGUUCUUCAGCGAGGAGAACGCGCCCAAGUGGCGGGGGCUGCUGGUGCCGGCCCUCAAGAAGGUUCAGGUGCAAGUCCAUCCUAAACUUUCCUCAGCUGAAGAUGCUUUACAAUAUGUUGAGGAGUUAAUUCUGCAGUUGCUGAAUAUGCUGUGCCAAGCCCAGCCGAGAAGCUUUCUGGAUGUAGAGGAUCGUGUUCAAAAAAGUUUUCCCCAUCCUAUUGAUAAGUGGGCAAUAGCUGAUGCCCAGUCUGCUAUUGAAAAGAGGAAACGAAGAAAUCCAUUAUCUCUCCCAGUAGAAAAAAUCCAUCCUUUGUUAAAAGAAGUUUUAGGUUAUAAAAUUGACCACCAAGUAUCUGUUUACAUAGUAGCAGUAUUAGAAUACAUUUCUGCAGAUAUCUUAAAGCUGGUUGGGAAUUACGUACGAAAUAUAAGACAUUAUGAAAUUACAAAACAAGACAUUAAAGUGGCAAUGUGUGCUGAUAAGGUGUUGAUGGAUAUGUUCCAUCAAGAUGUAGAAGAUAUAAGUGCACUAACUUUAUCUGAUGAGGAACCCUCCACCUCAGGAGAACAAACCUAUUAUGAUCUAGUCAAGUCAUUUAUGGCAGAGGUUCGACAGUACAUAAGGGAACUAAAUCUCAUUAUAAAAGUUUUUAGAGAGCCUUUUGUCUCCAACUCCAAAUUGUUUUCAGCUCAUGAUGUGGAAAAUAUAUUUAGUCGUAUAUCAGAUAUUCACGAACUUAGUGUGAAGCUAUUGGGCCACAUUGAAGACACCGUAGAAAUGACUGAUGAAGGCAGUCCCCACCCUUUAGUAGGCAGUUGUUUUGAAGACCUAGCAGAGGAACUGGCAUUUGAUCCGUAUGAAUCAUACGCUCAAGAUAUUUUGCGACCUGCUUUUCAUGAUCACUUUCUUAGUCAGUUAUCAAAGCCUGGAGCAGCAUUCUAUUUACAGUCAAUAGGAGAAGGUUUUAAAGAAGCUGUUCAAUAUGUUCUACCGAGGCUGCUGCUUGCGCCCGUUUAUCACUGUCUUCACUAUUUUGAACUUUUAAAGCAACUGGAAGAGAAGAGUGAGGAUGAAGAGGAUAAAGAAUGUCUAAAGCAAGCGAUAACAGCCCUGCUUAACCUUCAGAGUAGUAUGGAAAGGAUAUGCUCCAAAAGUCUUGCAAAGCGAAGACUUAGUGAAUCUGCAUGUCGGUUCUAUAGUCAGCAGAUGAAGGGGAAACAACUAGCAAUCAAGAAAAUGAAUGAGAUCCAGAAAAACAUUGAUGGUUGGGAGGGUAAGGACAUUGGACAGUGCUGUAAUGAGUUUAUAAUGGAAGGAACUCUCACACGAGUAGGCGCAAAACAUGAGAGACACAUAUUCCUUUUUGAUGGACUAAUGAUUUGCUGUAAGUCGAAUCAUGGCCAGCCAAGACUUCCAGGUGCUAGCAAUGCAGAGUAUCGUCUGAAAGAAAAAAUUUUUAUGCGAAAGGUACAAAUCAAUGAUAAAGACGACACUAAUGAAUAUAAACAUGCCUUUGAAAUUAUUUUAAAAGAUGAGAACAGUGUUAUUUUUGCUGCUAAAUCAGCAGAAGAGAAAAACAAUUGGAUGGCAGCAUUGAUAUCUUUACAGUACAGAAGCACUCUGGAAAGAAUGUUAGAUGUAACAAUGCUACAGGAAGAGAAGGAGGAGCAGAUGAGAUUUCCAAGUCCUGAGCUUUAUAGGUUUGCAGAACCAGACUCUGAAGAGAAUAUUGUAUUUGAAGAAAACAUGCAGCCCAAAUCUGGAAUCCCUAUCCUCAAGGCAGGAACUGUUGUGAAACUCAUUGAGAGACUGACCUACCACAUGUAUGCAGACCCAAAUUUUGUUCGGACGUUUCUCACAACAUAUAGAUCCUUUUGCAAACCUCAAGAACUAUUGAGUCUUCUGAUAGAAAGGUUUGAAAUUCCGGAGCCUGAGCCAACAGAAGCUGAUCGUAUAGCUAUGGAGAAUGGAGAUCAGCCUCUUAGUGCAGAGUUGAAACGAUUUAGGAAAGAAUAUAUACAACCUGUACAGCUGCGAGUGUUAAAUGUAUGCCGACACUGGGUAGAGCACCACUUCUAUGACUUUGAGAGAGAUGUAGAUCUUUUGCACCGAUUGGAAGAAUUCAUUGGGACAGUAAGAGGUAAAGCUAUGAAGAAAUGGGUUGAAUCAAUCACAAAGAUAAUCUACCGGAAAAAGCAGGCACAAGCCAUUGGGCCAAGCCACAAUAUUACUUUUGAAAGUUCACCUCCUGCAAUUGAGUGGCAUAUAAGCAAGCCAGGACAGCCAGAAACUUUUGACUUGCUCACUUUGCACCCAAUAGAAAUUGCUCGACAGCUCACUUUACUCGAGUCAGAUCUUUACAGAGCUGUACAGCCAUCCGAACUAGUUGGAAGUGUGUGGACCAAGGAAGAUAAAGAAAUUAAUUCUCCCAACCUUCUCAAAAUGAUACGGCACACCACUAAUCUCACUUUGUGGUUUGAAAAAUGCAUCGUAGAAACAGAAAACCUAGAGGAAAGAGUAAUUGUAGUGAGUCGGAUAAUUGAGAUCCUGCAAGUUUUUCAAGAGCUAAAUAACUUCAAUGGUGUUCUUGAAGUUGUGAGUGCUAUGAACUCUUCACCUGUGUAUAGACUGGAUCACACAUUUGAGCAAAUUCCAAGUCGACAGAAAAAGAUUUUAGAAGAAGCUCAUGAAUUGAGUGAGGAUCACUAUAAGAAAUAUUUGGCAAAACUCAGGUCCAUUAAUCCUCCAUGUGUGCCUUUCUUUGGAAUUUAUUUGACUAACAUCUUGAAAACAGAAGAAGGCAACCCUGAAUUUCUAAAGCGACAUGGAAAAGAACUUAUAAACUUCAGCAAGAGAAGGAAAGUAGCUGAAAUAACAGGGGAGAUCCAGCAGUACCAAAACCAGCCAUACUGCUUACGAAUAGAACCUGAUAUCCGGAGGUUUUUUGAAAAUUUGAAUCCAAUGGGAAAUAGCAUGGAGAAAGAAUUCACAGAUUAUCUGUUCAACAAGUCAUUAGAAAUAGAGCCGCGAAAUUCCAAGCCUCCACCAAGAUUUCCAAAAAAAUACAGCUAUUCCCUCAAAUCUCCGGGUGUUCGUCCAUCGAACCCAAGGCCAGGUACCAUGAGACACCCUACACCGCUGCAACAGGAGCCAAGAAAAAUUAGUUACAGUCGCAUCCCUGAGAGUGAGUCAGAAAGUACAGCAUCUGCACCAAAUUCUCCACGAACACCAUUGACACCACCCCCUGCCUCUGCUACUUCCAGUACUACAGAUGUCUGCAGCGUCUUUGAUUCAGAUCCUUCAAGUCCUUUUCAUUCAAGAUCUGCAUCUGUGUCAUCCAUAAGCUUUACCAAAAUCUCUGAUGAAACUUCUGGUCCUCCUCCUGUUCCUCCACGGAGACGACCAGAGUCUGCCCCAGCAGAAUCAUCCCCAUCAAAGAUUACUUCUGUGCAUCUGGACAGUCCACCAGCAAUUCCUCCUCGACAACCAACAUCAAAAGCCUAUUCACCAAGAUACUCCGUGCCAGAGCGGACCUCCAUAUCUGAUCCUCCUGAAAGCCCUCCUGUAUUACCACCGCGAGAACCUGUGCGAACUCCUGAUGUUUUCUCUAGUUCACCACUACAUCUCCAGCCACCGCCCUUAGGUAGAAAAAGUGAACUUGGCAAUACCUUUUUUCCAAACAGUCCCUCUCCAUUUACUCCCCCACCCCCUCAGACACCUUCUCCACAUGUAGCACGGAGGCAUCUGCCAUCCCCUCCUUUGAUACCGCAGGACGUGGACCUCCAUUCUGUUGAGGGGCCACCUGUCCCUCCACGACAAAGCACUUCUCAACAUAUCCCAAAGCUUCCUCCAAAAACUUACAAACGGGAGCACACCCAUCCAUCGAUGCACCGAGACGGACCACCCUUGCUGGAGAACGCCCACUCCUCCUGAAUUGUACCUUGUGCUGGGAGUUGCAUUUUCUUGGCACUACGUCUGUUGCUGGCAAUGGAUGCACUGAACCUGCUAGCGCCAAGGAGUUUGGAUGCAUACUCCAUGCAUUAAAAACUAUGCUAGGUUGGGAACGCAGUGUACAGAAACUGAAUUGCUGAAGCAGACGUGAUCAACCGAUAAACUCGCUGUUCCUGUUGUAGUAUGCAGGAUGCUGUUCUAAAGUAAUUGGACAACUGAUUGUACCAGAAAACUGACUCAAGGGACUUUUUCUGGCCAAUAAGCGGAGACCGUGUUUUGUGUAAUGAUCUCUAAUGUCCAGUACGGGAAUGGAAAAUAUAGUCUUGUAUCCAUCAGUUCUAUACAGUAACACAGUUAUUAGAAUGAAAACAUUAUGCACUUUUUUAAAAAUCUCAAACAGGGAACUUUAUAUCCUUCUUAAUUUCCUUUUUACUUUACUCCCUGCUUUAAAAUACUCUCCUAAAAUCAUGAAAAGGACUGUGAGGAAGAUCUGUGGUACCUAACCAUGUUAGAACUAAGGCAUAGCACUGUAUGCGGUCCUGUUUACAAAUUGUUACAGUGAAUAGUAUGGGUACCUAGGCUUCACCAAAGAGGUACUUUAUUAUUAUUUUAUUAAAUAUUAUGGUGCCAGUUGAAAAAGAAAUUAUUGCCAGGAAGCAUAAUGGGUAAUUAUUGCUUUCUUUAAACAGAGCAGAUUAAAGUCUUAUGUCAUUAAAAUGACAGCAAAAUUUAAAAAAACAGCACUAUUGUCUGAAAUAUUCUACUACGUUUAGAAGACUGUUAAUCUAUGCUAUGUUAUAUCACAUUCUUUUUAAGGUUUACUGAUAAUCCAUUUCAUGGCUUGUAACUAUUCUUCUUUAAUCACGCCAUGAAAACACAGUCACUUGUGAAAAGGAGCACUCGCUGGCCAUCUUCCAUAGUUAUUGUCAUGUUUUACUAACCAUAGAUUAAUCAGCAUACGUAGAAUUGCCUUGCAUUUGCAUAAAUCAUGUGUAUAUAGAGAAUGUUGCAUAAAUAUGCUUGCAGAUUGUUUUUAAUUUAAUUGAAAUAAAGAUACACAUUUGUUUGGCUGACAUACGUUAAAUUAUUACAUGGACAAAUGUACAAUUCAGUUUUUCAGUUAAAAACACUGAUAAGGGGAUAAAAGCACAUAUUGUGGUACACGUUUUUUCGUAGUUCAGUAUAUGUAUUUUAGUAAUAAAGAACAGUCUAAAGAGAAAUCAGGUUUUGGCAUGUGAAAGAAAGUUUAGUUAGAAUGACAAAGCUGGGUUACUCUCAAAGUGAAUUACUGUACAUGUUUUUAAAUUUCCCAGACAUGUAUGUAGUUUGUUAUAGAAUUUCAAACUUUGUCUUAAAAACUAUUAAUCUUACAGUAGCUCUUUACUAUGUCAGAAAUGUACAUGACAAAACAUUUACCUGCAUAAAUAUCAUGACAUGGAUUAUCCAUAAACCUGUGUACUACUCUUCUGAUUCUAACCAAUACUGUGACAGUAAUGCAUGCCAGUUAUUGAAGAAAAGAAGCUUUAUUAAUCUCCUCUACCAUAAUGUUUGUGAAGUGUGCAGUAUCUCAUCUUUAUUUAAUAAGAGACAUGGGUCAUAGUAAAAUUAUAUCAUGUUUCCUGUUGGAUAAAAACAAAAUACAUUUCAGCAACCCAGAACGCCAUGUCAUUAGAGACAGUUCUAGUAGAGCGAAUCAUGAUGGAAAUCUACUAUUUUAGUAACUUUCUACAAUGCCAUUAGAGUAGUGGAAUAUGCACCAUGAUACUACAGUUUGGUCUUUACAUUUCAAAAAGCGUUUUGAGUUCAACAGCAUUAAGCAGCAUAUUUUGUCAUAGCCAAACGUUGAGAAUUUGUCGGUUGUAUAUUUGUGUAUAUCUUUAACAUUUCUAUUUUGAAACAUGUUUUCCUGCCCCCUCCCCCACCAAAAAAUGUACUUUUUUCCUUUAUAAGUAAGAUUUAUAAACUCGGCUUCAGAGGAGGACAUUCUUCCCUAUGUACUUUUAUUUAAUCCUAUCCUACGAGAAAUGUAAGUGAAGUUCUCAGUUCUUCAGAUCUAACCAAGAGUAAUGAAUACCCUUGGGGCAAUGUCUUAGAAGUUGCUGACUUUCCAAGAGAAAGCCAGGGAGCUCUCCAAUGUUAGUCAGAUGUUCAGAACCCACAUUGCCUGUCCUCCACACUCAAAACCAUGGCCCCUGUCAUUACCAAGGCAGGCUAGAUAGGUAGAAUGGCCUAGUGUAUAGGGUACUACAGUGAUAUGGCAUGGACCUGCGUUUAGUUCCUGGCCCAGCCCCAGCCUUCCUGUGUGCACUAAGACAAGUCAUUUAAUAUUCUCAGUGCCUCAGUUCUCCAUUUGCAAAAUACUGCUCAUACUUCCCUACUUUACAGUGCGGUUCAGGAUAAAAAUCCAUAGAAGUUGAUUAGAGACACUGGUGAUGAGGAUCAUACAAAAACCUAAAUUAAACUCCUUCAGAGCUCAGCAACACUGCUCAAUCAUCUGCUAUUUACCAGCGUACGGCACACCUACAACGUGCUGCCUGAACCACAAAUCAAAUCCAUGUAUCUAGGAGGAGACUGUCGAACACAACUGCUGAGCCACUGGCCUCUCUCAGAACUCGUCAAAUUUAUUUGUAUUUUCAAUAAAUAACUUUUGUUAAAGCAAAUAUCUCUGAACAAUGGCAGGGAAAAUGCCAUUAUUUUAAUUGCUCAUAUUGCCAGAUUAUUGAUAAAAUGAUCUUGAAUAAUAGCAACGAGUGAUGAAGCAUCUUAAGCCAACAACUGGCUAAAUGGAUUUCUGUAUUACUGCCGAGCCCAGAUUAAAAGUCUGACACUGCUCACAAGUCAGAACUGUACUGGUGCAGAGUAUUGGUUUUCAGCUAUUGGGUGCUUGCGUGGAGGGUGGGGAGGGGGCAUAGGAGAAACGAAGUCCAUUAAUGAGACAUGAAAGUGCAAUAUUUGAGCAAUGUUUAAAGUCUCUCUGAUUUAGAGUGUAGUGCAGCAGUGUAGGAGAAAGAGAAAUCCAAUCUUUUUUCCCCCCAGAAGUGAAAACUGGGUAUUAAAAAGAAAAGUUCUCCAUUAGUAGUUUGUAAAUGUUAGCUUUUCAGAUGCUGAAAACUUUAUUUCGAGUUAAACUUAUAAUAAAGUGCAAGGAAAAGUUAUUUAACACAUGGUUGUCAGGCAAGGAAUUACUUUUGUCAUGCCACUCAACAAUCCAGGCAUGAUUUUGCAGUGUCUCUUUGGAGAGAAUUUUCUUUGCUUCAGAAUCAAUACCAUGAAAUCAUUGAGAAUGCUCCCAUAAACUAGAAACCACUUUGCGUGUUCUCUCUUGCAAUUGUUUCUAAAUUCUUACUUAACCAUUGUGGGUUCUUUUUUUUAAAAAGAAACGAGAGAGGUCUGUGCCCCCAACACAAAUCCGGUUAUGCCUUUACUCUCUCGAGCUUUUGUUUAUCAUAAUUGUCUAUUGUAUAGUUUGUUGCUUUUAUGCAGACAGAAUCUUAAAUCAGGCUUUUCUUACCAGUAAACUCCAGUAUCACUUUUACUCAGUUGGGACCCUAUCCAAAACUUACUGAAAUCAAUGGGAGUCUUUCCAUUGACUUUAGCAGGUUGUGGAUCAGGCCCUUUGUGUCCUUUUGAAAGAUGGUUCUAUUUUCCUGUAUUCAGGGAAGUGUUUCUUUUGUACCACUAGGGCUGUUUAAAUGAACCGGCUUUGCCGCAGUCCCUGUAGCAGAGCUAAUGCCUGGCAAUAGAAAUGCCAGUUCUUUCUGCUCUUGGUAUUGUCUUAUCCUAGCAUAACAAAUCUCGUAAGCAGCCUUCCAUGUUCGUAGCAGUCGUGCAUUGAGACUGCACCAGGAAAACUCCCCCUCGUUAAUCAAUGUCUGUCUUGGUAACAAUGUUCCUUAAUACUUAGUUGCUGUGAUCUAAGUGCACUGGCCUGUGGUAUGUAAAAAUCACACGUUGGUUUCCCUCUCAAAAUUCAUACCUUUUGCAGCUAACAGGGAGGGUCUUGCUGAAAAAUGCAUUUUUAAAGCAGGAAAAAAAAAUGGGCAGCUUCUUAGAUUUUUCUCUUUAAACACCUUAUUUCAACAAUGUUUGAUAUGUGGGCUGCAGUCGUUUUAGCUGUAUUAGCUAAGGAAAGAAACGUGGCCCCAUACACUUAUAAAAGCCAAAAGCACUUGUAACUUGGUUUGUAAAUUUCAUGCCUUAUUUUCCAUAUUUUUUUAAAUACCUUAAAGUGCAUUUUUCUGUCAACUGUGAGCAAAUUUCUCUUUUGCCUUUAAUGAAAAAUAGUGCAUUAAGUAGCCAAUUGCUGCAAAAUCAAGUGAUCAAAGAAUAAGGUUGCAUUUGACUCUGUAACAAACAAACAUGAUGUCGUGCACCAGGUGACUGAAAGGUUGAAGGGGGCGGGGGGGAGGAGUCCUGUGCCAGAUGCAUGCCAGUUUUAGUAGCUGCCAAAUGUGCCUUUUUAUUAAGAACAUCUGUCAUUUUUUUCAGAACAAGGUAAAUUAUGUGGACAGAGAGGUUCUUUUGGACAAAUUUGUUUGGUUCGCUUACUAGAGAACAAGCCUGUUUCUGUUUGUCAAAGUAAAUUGUACAAAUUUUAAGUUUUGAUAAGUUUGUGUGUUGUGGUAUAUAUGUGCGUUUGCCUUUGUUUAAUGGCAUGGUUAUUUGCUAAAAUGAUUAAAUGUCAAAAAGCGAUGUCAGUCCGACCCAAAUGUAAGAAUAAAGCAGUAAUCUUUAA